GAGACGUGAUCCCAGAACCCUCAUCCGGCCGCCAACUUGCCCAGACGUCUUUAUCGUCACUCCUAGUCCACCCCGGCCGGAAACCGGAUCCGUGGACCGCGCUCGCCCAAACCAACGACGAAACGUCGGCGCUCCACUGCGGUUGACCCUUUCCCUUCACCUUUUGGAAGCCUCCACGACGGAGAGCGGCAAUGACUCUCCAUACUGCCUCGACGACUGAGUGCUCCCGCGCCUGCGACCGUCUUCUAACCCGACCUACAUCACAACGCGCGUCCUAUCCCUUGCUGGCCUCACCCACCCGCACGCUACAGGUUGGCUAAUAUAUAUCAUCCAAAGACAUGGCCUGGUUCAUGAGAGGAGUCCAGAGUGCCGUCUUCCACUAUGCCUCGUGCGCACCCUGCACCGGCUACUCAGACGGCAGAAAGAGGAGGAAAGCAGCAAAGGCCGCGCGCAAAGUGAGGGAGAAGCUGGAGCUGGAGCAGCCCGACGCAUACCAUCAUCCCGAGCCGACUGGUACCAACAUAUACUGGCAAGAGGAAAUCGCCAUGGGCCCAGGGCCACCACCACGAAGAGCGCGGAGGACCAACACGGCAACUACAGGCAGCACGAGGGGUAUGCCGACACGGGGAACACAGAGCUCGGCUUUGAGCAAUGGUGGGAGCAGCAUCGACGUCGACCACGCCGGCAAUACCCGCCUCAGUGACGAUACUCUCGACGACGACGACGAGACGUGGAACCACAAGCGAUACCAGAGGGAAGACGAGGACCUAUGGGGCCACGACGAGCCUUUAAUCAAUCUCGAACAAACCAUGACUGGCUCUUCCGUCGGAGGUGCGGGUUAUCAAAUACGGAGGCCUGUUACUUCAACAUCUGGAAGCUACUAUACCGCGCGCGCACCACCAGUCAAUGAUCUGCACCCUCCCGUCGUCAGUCUUCCAUCUCCCGACCCCAUUGAUAACCGAUGGAUGCUCCAACCACCACCCAAAGCUAGUGUCAUGGCUGGCAAAGAACGAGCGUCCAACAGGAGUCGGAGUGGCAGUGGCGCAAGUAGCCGCGUAGAAUUGAGCUUGGGUCGCCAGGUCAGCACAAGGCAAUUGAUGCACAAGUUGGAGCGAGGCGAGACGCCUGAGGCUCGAUCAGCAUCACCAAAUGGUUCGUAUUUCAACCCAUCACGGUGCAGGACGCCACAAGCUCGACCGCCCUCUGCCACCAGCAGUGCUCGUCGGAGAAAGAGAAGAGACACAGCCAUGGCUCGUGACCUGGCUAUGGCGCGAACCGAUACCGUGAGCACUCAGCAUUCGUCCGGUGAAUCCAGUGAUACCAUCAUCCGAGGCAACUCCGCACCUCGCACCGCAGCCAUUCCGGACGUUAAAGUAAUUCGCGUCCGCCAGAGCCGUCCUGCCCUCUCCACAGUCUUGUCCAGCAAUUCAGGUAGGAACGAUACGCCAGUCACAGCAUUAGUUCCCAACGGUAGCGAUGAGAACGCUCUGCGCAUGCCUGAGAAGCCCAGUCCAGCGCACCACCGCUUCACAACCACGUCGACCCCCGACUCCAUCCCCCACUACACCAAACACCGCGAACCUCUCAAUUCAUCCGAUAUAUCCUCCCUUAACUGCCUUCAAGACCUCGUGUCCCCACGCGCUCUACUCGAUUCACACUUCGUCUCCGCACCCCUGGUAGAAGCCAAGAUUCGAUUACCACCUUCAGAAGAGGACAUGGCCGCAAGGGCGCGACGAGAGCUAUCCAACAGCGGUUUCAGCAUCUCAAGCGACUGGGAUGAAGAAGAAGAAGGUAUCGUAAGAGUACCUUUUGACCGGAACUUUGGACCACCAGAAAAGGAUCCAAGGUUUAGAUGGAGUGUCGACUUUUGAUCAGAUCAUCCCUACCUACCUACCUACCUACCUACCUACCUACCACCGCCAUCACCAUCACUCACACACCACAUUCACAAACAAUACCUGACUUCUCACUACGCGCAUCAUCAGC